UUUCUUUUUUAUUUAUGAUCCAAAACGAAAGUAAUCUGUGUUUGAAUUUCUACCUGAUUUCAUUACUUUUCCGAGUUUGUUGUUAACGAGUUGUGGAAAUAUUUCUAGAGACGUUUCAACAGUUUUAUCGCGAAGUAUUUCCAAAAAAUGAGUGUAGCGCAAUUUUUCGAAGGGAAAAAUAUUUUUAUAACAGGCGGUACUGGAUUUAUGGGAAAAAUUUUGAUUGAAAAAUUAUUGAGGUCCUGUCCGGGAACCGGAAAAAUUUACGUUUUACUCAGAUCCAAAAGAGGUCGAAGCGUUGAAGAAAGGUUAAAACAACUUUUAGAUGGCGAGGUAUUUGAUAAAAUAAGGGAAAAUAAUCCUGAUGCACUUGAUAAAAUAAUAGGCAUCGGAGGAAAUGUAGCAGAACUAAAUUUAGGAUUAAGCGAUUCGGAUAGACAAUUAUUGGUAGAUAAUGUCAAUAUAAUAUAUCAUUCAGCAGCUUCCGUUCGAUUCGAUGAUUUCCUUGACGAAUCCAUACUGAUGAACAUCAGAGGGACAAGAGAAAUCGCACAAUUAGCUUUAGAUUUGAAGAAUCCGACUAUUUUGGUGCACGUUUCUACAGCUUACUGUAACGGGGAUCGUUAUGAAGUUGAUGAAAAAUUAUACCCACCGCAUGGCGAUUGGAGAGACGCUAUACUUUUAGCCGAAACCUGCGAUAAAGAAUUAAUACAUAUAAUGUCCGAAAAAUAUAUUUAUCCCCAUGUUAAUACAUACACUUUCGCAAAAGGUUUAGCAGAACAUGUUAUAACUGACAUGUGUAAAGGGAAAAUACAAACCAUCAUAACUCGACCAUCAAUAGUGAUAAACGCUUUAGAUGAACCAAUUGCGGGAUGGAAUGACAACUUAAAUGGUCCCAUGAGUUUAAUGUUAGCUGCUGCGAAAGGAUUAUUACGGACAUCUUUAACUAAAUUAGAUCUCAAAUUGAACUAUAUACCUGUAGAUUUGGUGAUAAAAGCAAUCAUUUUGGCCACAUAUGAUAAUUAUACUGAAUCCAACUGCAAUGAAGUCGAAGUUUAUAAUAUCACCCAACCUGUUAUAAAUCUAACCCAUCUACCUUUUAGUACAUUAGCAAGGAGUAUUGUUAUAGAUUUACCGGUACCAAAUGUAUUGUGGUAUCCGAGACUUUCAUCGACUUCUUGUUAUUACAAUUAUUAUUUACAGGCGAUAUUUUAUCAAAUGUUGCCAGCCAUAUUUUUCGAUAUUUUUUUGAAAUUGAUGGGGAAAAAAACAAUGGUGGUCAAAAUACAAAGAAAAUUAUAUAUAAGUACUGUUAUACUAACGCCUUUCACAAUGCAAAAUUUCACAUUUAAAAAUGACAAAAUGAUUAAUAUACUAAAAAAACUGAGGGAAACAAACCCAGAUUUUGAUUUUCGGAUCAAAUUGUCUCAUGAAGAAUUAUAUAAAUUUUUAAUUGACAUGAAAAAUGGAACUGUCAAAUACACUAUGAAAGAAAGUAUGGAUCCUACAGGUCAGACGGAAAAGAAGCAUUUGCAAAGAUUGAAAAUAAUUGAUAUAAUAUUGAAAAUUAUAUUAGUUUGCUUAUCGUGUUGGUUGCUACUUUUCAAAUUUAAUACAAUAGAAUGGAGCCUGAAUCAAGUCUAUAAUCAUUUUCAAAAAUUGUAAAAUUAUUAUAAAUUAUUUUUUUGUGAUGUAAUAUAAAUUUAAAAUGA